GCUUUUGAAAGGUUUUCUUGAUAAAUAAUGUGACGAGAUUUGUUAUUUGGAUUGUGCAAAUCGUGCGAAAUCAAGUUGAUAAAAAAGAUGGUUAAUAAUUUGGAGCAUUACACCCUCAAACAGAGAAUCUUCCUGAUUAAACACUUCUAUCAGGAACUAGGCAAUUUUGCGUGCUUGAAGAAAAGCUACGAAAACCAUUACGGUAACAACGAAAAUUGUCCAGACUUUUCUGAGGACGCUGCAACUGAGAUCAUCAGGCAUUUUGAGCAAACUGGAUGCAUCCGAAUAGAUCAUUUUAGGAAAAUUGAAAAUUCACCGCUACAAGAGGUCCGUAAAGACAGAAACUCAGGAAAGAUGGACUUGAACAAUCCCACUAGAUCUGAGCUCAAAUGCGAAAUGUGCAGGAAAUCUUUCCUAUAUCUCAGUAAUUUGAAGCGUCAUGUUUUGGAUUCACAUGAGUUGGAAGAUGCCUAUAAGUGUGAUGAAUGUUCCGUGAAUCUCUUGAAGAAGCACACUUUCCUCAUGCACAUGAAGAACCAUCAGGAUGUUGUUGAAUCGAAAGCCAAAGUGGAUCAUUUCCAAAAAUUUAAGCAGUGUGAGGAGUGCGGAAAAAUGUGCACGAACUCGACUUAUUACGAGCACAUUGCAACUCAUAGUGAGAAGCCACAAUAUAAGUGUGAGAUCUGUACAAGAGUUUUCACCUGGGAGUGUAACUUCAAAUUGCACAGAAUGAAGCAUAAGGGAAUAGUGGAAAAAAGAAACUGGCCCACCUGUGGGAUUUGUGGGCAAGAAAUGGCUGGCCAGCGAACGCUUAAGGUUCACAUUGAAAAAUCCCAUUCGUCAGUAACAAAGAGCAAAAAAUUUAAUGUGAUUAUAGAACACAGUCCUGAUCCAGAAGAUUUGGAAAUCAAGGUUGAAGAGAAGAUUGAUGAUAUUGAGGAAAUGGUAGAAACUGUAGAAUAUUUGGAUUAUACUGAAGAUCCAACCAUAAAUGAAUUGUGUACUGAAUCAGUAGUAGUCCUUCCAUUGGAACUUCCUACUGAAGAGAGUAAAACUUUGGAUGACCCUAGCGGUUCAAUAGUAUUUGAAGAUGCGCCUGUGGAAUUUAUCAUUGAAGACAGUGAGAGUAGUGAUGACUUCCCGGGUGGAGAUGAAUUCUUUAAUAAUGCUCUAGCGAAAGUCACAGAACACGAAGAUUCUGCUCGAACGCUCGAUUUUCUUGAAUUACCAGGACUCUGUGAUAUAUGUGGAAAAAUCAUGCACACUAGAAAAGGAUUAACCAGUCAUAUGAAAACUCAUUCAGACGAUCAGCCAUUCAAGUGUCCAGUUCCUGGAUGCAAUAGAGCCUACAGAUGGUCUGGUUCAUAUCAGUGGCACAAGAUGACGGCUCAUGGGGAUAAUAGGGGCAGGCAUUACAAAUGUGACAUUUGUGACAAAACUUACGUUUAUAAUUAUUUACUGAAGAAUCAUUUGUUGGAAAACCACUGUGACGACGUCUUCUACUGUAAACUCUGCGAUAGAGUUUUCACACAAGAGAAGGAAUAUGAUUAUCAUCAGCGCGAAUGGCACACUUCUGAAGAUAACGCUCUUCUUAAUAUCAUCGAAAGGAAAAGAAAUAAGCCGCCGCGAAAGCAAAAACCUAUUUCGAUAUGUUUGGUUUGUGGAAAAACCUUCAAGUACAAACAAAAUAUGAAAGCACACAUGAAAUCCCAUGCAAAAUCAGAUGAAGCUCUUAUGUGUCCUCAUGAAGGAUGUGGAAGAUCCUUUCCAAUUGACAAAUACUUGAAAUUGCAUUUGUUGAGGCACACUGAUCAGAGAUAUAAAUGUGCUCAUUGCGACAAGGAUUACAAGGAUCGGAGUCAAAUGAAGAGACAUAUUAAGCAAGUUCAUUUAAAAGAGGAUCCACGGUAUAAGUGUCAUAUAUGUAAUUACGGAGUGUGGCAUGCAGGAUCAUUCAGGAGGCACAUGAAAGGUCAUAAUAUCGAUGAUCCGUUUCCGAACAAACGACAAAAACUCUACAAAUAAAUUUUGGAAUUUGCAAAAUGAAUAAAAUAAAGAAAUCGAGCACUCACCCAA